AUGAUAGAACAAAAUUUGCAAGAUGAUUGUUUCCAAAUAGCUGAUUCGAAUUGUCAUGAAGCCAUAGUGACUUGGGAGAAGGGAGCCUUGAAGGAAAAACAAGGGUCGAUGACUGAUGCAAUUAGAUUCUAUAGACAAGCACUAAAGUUACAUGAUAAUGUCGAAAAAUUGUAUCGUGAGAAAGUGCAAAAAGACUGGAAAUUGCAGAAGCAGCUGCAAGAGCUGAAACUAGAACAAGACAAGGGUUCGACACAUGAUGACCUUGAUAACGAUUCCAAGACUUUUGAUAUCAAGAAUGAAGAGGAGAUUGAGAAGCAAGAGCUACCGCCCUGUUGGUUAUUCGAAAUGCUUCCGGACGAUGUCAUUUUACGUAUUGUAGCACACACCGUUUUGGUUUCUGGAACAGCAUGGAUAAAUCUGUCAUUGACUUGUGCGAAGUUCAAUGAAUUAUGUUUCCACAACUCAGCUCCUUUUAAAACUUUUGCAUCGUACAUGUAUUCAAGACAGAAUUACGAAAAAGCAGCGCCAACACUUGAAUUUGACAGAAAUUGGGGUUGUGACUAUCAAAAAAUGCUGAAGGAAAGACCAUACGUUCAUUUUGAAGGUAUUUAUAUCAGCACCGUAAAUUACCUUAGACACGGAGCAAAUGCAGAAGGAUCCUCAUCUCUAAUCAACCCAAUACACAUGAUAACGUACUAUCGAUAUUUCAGAUUUUAUCCGGAUGGAUACUGUUUAAGACUUUUGACUACUGAAGAUCCAACUCAGGUGGUAAACCAUUUCUCCCGGAAAUCUCCACCAAAAGAUAGUGGGUUAUCGAGAUGGACAUUGCGUGUAGUGGAUGGAGUUGGAACUCUUGAAAUCUGCAGGACAUCUGAAAAAUAUUCGUUCACAGAAGAGUUUGAGAUACGUAACCGAGCCAACAGAAGGCAUCAAAAGUUGAAGUGGCUGCAUUCCACAGUAAUCGAUAGAAAUAACAACGUAUCCGAAUGUUCAUUGAGGAACGAAAAACCCUUUUUUUUCUCAAAAGUGAAAUCAUAUGCAGACCAUGAUUAG